AUGACAAAAAUCCAACCAUACCCAUAUCCAUCAGAGGUUUUCAUUUGCAUAUUGGCAUCCUUGGCCGUGGCCAAUGCUGGCGGCUAUGGCGGAGGAUCUACUAGCGUAAACUAUGGUGCUGGCCGUGGUGGAGUUUCUCAUGUCUCGAGGAAAUUUGGUAAUCCUGGCGGCAGCGGUGGCUAUGGUGCUUGGGCCGGCAGUCCUAUUCCAGCAGAUUAUGAAUAUACCGUACAUCAUGGUGUUAGUAGACAAUCAUAUGGUGGUUAUGGAGCCGGUGCUGGUGGCUGGGCUGGCAACUCUGCGGGUGGUGCUGGUUAUGGAGCCGGUGCUGGUGGUUGGGCUGGCAACUCUGCCGGCGGUGCUGGUUAUGGUGCCAGCUCUGGUGGUUGGGCUGGCAACUCUGCAGGUGGUGCUGGUUAUGGAGCCAGCUCUAGUGGUUGGACUGGAAACUCUGCAGUUGGAGCUGGAUUUGGUGGUAGUUAUGGCGGUAGCGCCGGCGGUGCUUGGGCUGGCAAUGGUGGUUCUUCUGGGUGGUAUUAG